GACAGCGUUCCUCACUCUGAGGACAACGUUCCUCACUCUGAGAACAGCGUUCCUCACUCCAAGGACAGCGUUCCUCACACUGAGGACAGCGUCCCUCACUCUGAGGACAGCGUUCCUCACUCUGAGGACAGCGUUCCUCACUCUGAGGACAGCGUUCUCACUCUGAGGACAGCGUUCCUCACUCUGAGGACAGCGUUCCUCACUCUGAGGACAGCGUUCCUCACUCUGAGGACAGCGUUCCUCACUCUGAGGACAGCGUUCCUCACUCUGAGGACAGCGUUCCUCAGUCUGAGGCAAAGCGUUCCUCACUCUGAGGACAGCGUUCCUCACUCUGAGGACAGCGUUCCUCACUCUGAAUAA